GGCUACUUGGGGAUAAAGCCACGGUAGGGAUUUGACAGAGGAGGUCUUGAUGCUCAUGUAGACUGCGUUCAAAUCCAGGAUGACAGAGAACCAUAUUUAUAAUUAUAGUGUGUGUUUUUGAAGACAAUUCUCCGUGAAACUAUUUCUGAUUAUUCAUCACUUGCCACCGGUUUUGCGGAAAGCGCAACAAUUUGGGAUCUACCCGUUUUGUCGUUCCACUUGUCAAGAGAUCUGCCGCUUAACAACAAAAUGGCCUGCUGAAAGUGAAAAGAAGAUAAAAAGCUGCCCUUAACGUUCUUACGUUAACGGUGCCACCGAAGGCUGGAUUGGCUGGCGAUUUGUACACGGCGCUUUGCCACAGAGACAGAAGUGCGCGCAACACCUCCAGCAGAGCCACGCGCCUGGGCAGUAUGCUGGUGUUCACCUGUCUCGUGCUGCUCAUCAUCUUGUUCUCGGAGUCUAUUCAAACUGAGAGGUCACCGCCGUUUCUGAUCCCAGAAAACAUGUGGCCCCGGGGCUGUGCGCUGGACUGCCACAGGGAGCGCCACCGGACAGUAUGUGGCAGCAACGGACGCCUUUACAUGUCCCUGUGUGCCUUCCAGAGAGCCCAGUGCAUCAACGCUCAGCUACGGACGGCACCACGAGUACACUGUGCAGAUUCCACCCAGUCCAAGUGCCAGCUGGCUCGUAGUCAGGCCCUGGAGUCCAGCGUCCGCAGCCACACCGUCCCAGAAUGCGGUGCAGAUGGAAGUUUCCUGCAGAUGCAGUGCCACAACCAGACUGGUUACUGCUGGUGCUCUACUCCAGAUGGGAAACCUGUCAGUGGGACCUCUGUCCUGCACCUCAGACCCAACUGCACAGGUGAGGGUGGUCCCUCCCGGCCCACCGCCGACCCUAGCAGGACCAAGUCUGCAGCAGGAAUCACCGCUCCUCCGCUCUGGGUGACCAUCCGGUUGAACUCUGACCCCAAAGGGAAUCGUUCUGUAAAACGCCCUACAGACAGUCCUCAGACGUGUGAGAGGGAGAGAGCAGCGUUGAUGGACAAGGUGCAUGUUCUGUGGCAGGAGGAGCGCUUCAUCCCAAAAUGCAGUGCAGAUGGGCGCUACAGCCCCAUCCAGUGCCACGUCACCACGGGGUACUGCUGGUGUGUCCGGGUGGACACGGGACGGCCUCUACCCGGCACCUCUGCCAGGAACCGGCUGCCAGACUGCAGCCUGGAGGAGCCCCACAACAGCCAGCCUGACAGGAGCUACAGAGACAGAUCUCUACCAGGGUGCCCUGGGGCCCAGAAGAAAGAGUUCCUGCAGAGUCUGUUGAGAGCUCUGCAGCUGGAGGUUGAACAGUCUGGAAUACUCAGCCCUCACAGGGUGUCGGCGGACGCCCCCCUGUCAGGCCCCAUGUCCCCUCCCCCAUCCACCCCGGUCCCCUCCCUGAGGGUUGAGGUGUGGGACGGGGAGGAGGAGGUGUUGCGUUGGCACUUCAGGCAGCUGGAUACGGAUGACAGUGGAGUGCUGAGCGAACGUGAGGCACGGCCGCUCCGCCUCUACCUGCGCAGGAGGUUAAAGCCACGCCGCUGUGCUAAGAAGUUUGCCCAGUACUGUGACCGCGAUGGGGACCGCGGCCUCACCCUGUCUGAGCUCAAUGCCUGUCUGGGGCUGUGAGCCAUUAUUGUGAGCUGUCCUCCACUCAGCAGCCUCCACUGUCCCAGACCCACUCCUUACCAGCUCCAGAUGGGUCUCUAUGUUUUGGUUUCUCUCUCUCUCCUUCUCUCCGUUCCACAUACGAGAGGGUGAGAGAGAGGGAGAACGAGACAGAGGAGAGAAAGAGGCUCUUUUACCUCAAGUAUCCGUCAGUAGAACCGAGGAGAGAAGGAAGAGAGCAUUGAGCAACAAAAGAUCCAAGAUCCAAGUCCUGGGCCUGUAUUUGUCAAGCGUCUUAGAGUAGGAGUGCUGAUCUAGGAUCAGGUACAUGUCAUCUUAUUCAUUAUGAUCAAAAAGCUAAACUGAUUCUAGAACAGCAAUCCUACUCUGAAACGAUUUGGUAAAUACAGGCCCAGAAGACCUGAAUUCUGCUCCACUCCUGUCAAGUUGUCAUUGGAAGAUCCAGUUCUACAGCACUUUGUAAAGCACAAAAAAAAGGCCUCAAUUGAAGCGUCGUUGCAGAAUAUACAGCACACAGAAUAGAGUAUAGAGUCGCCGCUUUAUUUGAAUGUGUCCUAUGUCUUUUGUGUUGCCUUGUCGGCUCUGAUCAUUUCCUCAUGUUCAUAUUUAUCAGUAAUGGUCUUCUGCUGUAAAACCACAAUGUCAUUUGUGUAUUUGUCAUUUUAAUCCGUAAACCGUGCUCAAAUAUUUGUCGACUAUAAAUAAAAUGGGUUUUAAAAAUA